AGGGGCACCGCGUGCUGGUGGAGGUCUCCAACGGUAGUGUCCGUGGAAGACAGUUACUCGGCGCCGUCAUGGCGGCGGCCGGUGGCGGAAGGGAAGCCACCACAUCCGGCUGUGGUCUCAAGCGCCGCUACGCACCACACGACCAGGAGGAGGAGACGAUGAAUCAAGAUCAGCCUUCUAAGGAAGAUCGGUGUGGGCGAAUUUGGAGUGGGAUCGACUUGCUCAAGGACGUCACUGAAAACAAGCAUGUCCUACCUACUGGACUUGAAGGCAUUGACAGACUUCUUGGGGGCGGGCUGCGCCAAGGUCAGCUCACAGAGGUUACUGGACCAUCAUCUUCUGGUAAAACACAGGUUUGUCUACAUUCUGCUUCACAUGCUCCAGUGAAGCAUACGGGUGUGGUUAUGUACUUGGAUACUAGUAAUUCUUUCUCUCCUAGUCGUAUUGCCACCAUAAUUGAUGGAACUAACGACCUAUCUGAUCAAAAAGGUUUUGACUUGCUGUCUAAGGAGAGGCUCAAGACUGUGAUGCAAAGCAUCAUCUGCGAGUCUGUGUUUGAUAUAUUUGGUAUGUUUGAAGUACUACAUCAACUUGAAGUUUCUCUACUGAAUGAAAAGGUAAUAGGUGAUGGCAGGAGAAUUUGCUUACUUAUAAUUGACUCAAUAUCAUCCUUACUUGCUCCCAUUAUUGGAGGCAAGUAUCCACAAGGGCGAUCGAUGAUGAUAUCACUGGCGAUGAUCCUAAAGAAGUUAGCCUAUGAGCAUAAUCUAGCUGUUCUGGUGACCAAUCAUAUGGUUUCAGCUGGCAAUGGUGCUGUCAAGCCUGCUCUUGGUGAGAGCUGGAAAUCUGUUCCACAUGUCCGCCUGAUGAUAUCUCGUGAACAUAGUAGUAAUAUCUGCACGGGAACUGUGCUGAAGCACACACUACUGGCUUCUGGCCGUACUGCAAAAUUCGUGCUGCCCUGAUAACCUUUCAGACGAGGUGAUGAUAAGUUGCCGUUAAGAACUGAUAGACGAUUGAUGGUUCAUACUCUAAGAACCCACGGCGAAUGUCUUCUCUGUUCUUCUUGGUUGUACAUAUACGGUGUAUGUAGUGUAUACUAAGUUGUUGGAGUAGCCCUUGCAUUUUAUUUUCCUUUUGCAACAAAUGGUCAAAUGUAUCUUAUCACAUGAUAAAGUACAUCUUAUGUUGUUUUGUGCAUGCUUGGUUGGUUAC